UUAAUUGUUCGUUUCAUUAGCAGUAGUGUUUUCAAGUUAUCCGUCCACCCCUAACAUUCCGUUGAUGGAUUAGUCCAUCGUUAGGCCUCUGCAGUAGGGAGUUGUUUAGCGGAUACCUUCAAGUUUUAUCAACUUUACAUGUGGAUUUUGUCUAUAUAUGAAGUCGUUUUGAGUCCGUGAACAUAAAUAGUAAGUUAGAUAUUAGAUUUAUUCACCGACGCAAGAAACAAUUCUGAGUGUGGUACACUUCGAAGUUGAGUGAGAAGGAAGGGAUCCUCGGUGACUGGGGUUCCGAUCUCGGCAGAGCCUAUGAUGCCGACGUUGCGGGACAGCACUAUGUCCCAUCCCGGCGAAAAUCCUCAUCAAGUCCGGGUUAAAGCCUACUAUAAAGGGGACAUCAUGAUCACCCACUUUGAGCCCUCCAUCUCCUACGAGGGUCUGUACCUGGAGGUGAAGGAUAUGUGCUCUAUGGACAACGACCAGCUCUUCACCAUGAAGUGGAUCGACGAAGAAGGUGACCCCUGCACAGUGUCCUCUCAGCUGGAGUUGGAGGAGGCCUUGCGCCUGUACGAGCUCAACAAAGACUCUGAACUCAUCAUCCACGUUUUUCCCUGUGUACCAGAGAAGGCAGGCAUGCCGUGUCCAGGAGAAGACAAGUCCAUAUACAGGCGUGGGGCCAGGCGGUGGAGGAAGCUUUACUACGCCAGCGGCCACGCCUUCCAGGCCAAGCGCUUCAACAGGCGGGCUCACUGCGCCAUCUGCACAGACCGUAUCUGGGGUCUUGGUCGCCAAGGUUACAAAUGCAUCAACUGCAAACUGCUGGUCCACAAGAAGUGUCACAAGCUGGUGACAGUGGAAUGUGGCCGACCGGAGCCAUACAUAGGACCAGGUCCUGGCCAGGCAUCUGUAGAACACCAUGAGCAGCCAGGCCCUCAGAAGAGAGACUCCAGAGAGAGCCUGACCUAUGAUGGAGAGGAGAAAGAGGCAAGGAGCAGCAGGGACACGGGGAAGGCGGCCUCCAGCCUGGGGCUGGUGGACUUCGACCUGCUGCGCGUGAUUGGCCGAGGCAGCUAUGCCAAGGUGCUGCUGGUGCGACUGAAGAAGACGGAGCGCAUCUACGCCAUGAAGGUGGUGAAGAAGGAGCUAGUGAACGACGACGAGGACAUAGACUGGGUCCAGACAGAGAAGCACGUGUUUGAGCAGGCCUCCAAUCACCCCUUCCUGGUGGGGCUCCAUUCCUGCUUCCAGACAGAGAGCAGGCUAUUCUUUGUUAUUGAGUACGUCAACGGGGGAGACCUGAUGUUCCAUAUGCAGAGACAACGGAAGCUUCCGGAGGAACAUGCUAGGUUCUACUCGGCAGAAAUCAGCCUGGCCUUGAACUACCUCCACGAGCGAGGCAUCAUCUACCGAGAUCUGAAACUAGACAACGUGCUGCUGGAGUCUGAAGGACACAUAAAACUCACAGACUACGGCAUGUGCAAGGAGGGUUUGAGACCAGGAGACACAACCAGCACUUUCUGUGGAACCCCCAAUUACAUCGCACCUGAAAUCCUCAGAGGAGAGGACUAUGGCUUCAGCGUGGACUGGUGGGCCCUGGGGGUGCUCAUGUUUGAGAUGAUGGCUGGCCGCUCGCCCUUCGACAUCGUCGGGAGCUCCGACAACCCUGACCAGAACACCGAAGACUACCUCUUCCAAGUAAUAUUGGAAAAACAGAUCCGAAUUCCCCGGUCGCUGUCAGUCAAAGCCGCCAGCGUCCUCAAGGGCUUCUUAAACAAGGAGCCCAAGGAGCGUCUGGGCUGCCAUCCGCAGACAGGCUUCGCUGACAUCAUGGGCCAUCCGUUCUUCCGUAAUGUUGACUGGGAUCUUAUGGAGCAGAAACAGGUGGUGCCCCCGUUCAAGCCCAACAUAUCUGGGGAGUUUGGAUUGGACAACUUUGACGCCCAGUUCACCAACGAGCCCAUCCAGCUUACACCUGAUGACGAUGAUGCGGUUAAGAAGAUCGACCAGUCGGAGUUUGAAGGGUUUGAGUACAUCAACCCCCUCCUGAUGUCUGCUGAGGAGUGCGUGUGAAGCAGCGUAGGCUGUCUCCAGCAGCUCCUCAGUCACACAUCUCUGCAUGGUUACGCCACAUGGUUACGCCACAUGGUUACGCCACAGCGGCGGCAUCAUCAUCAUCAUCCUUUUGUCGGAAAGCCAACUGGCCCUCAAGCGAUGCUAAUUUGCCAAACCAAUCUCACUCUCUGCCAUUUAUAACCACUAGACCUUAAAGCGUACCUUUUCUCUCUGAUUUUUUUUGUUUUUUUUUUGUUUUUGUACAAAUCUGCACUGGUAUCCGUUUUUGGUCUUUGGCCAGUUAUCUCAGUAGCUCAGAGGCUAAAGGGUUGGUAAAGUUACUGGACACGACUGGAGGGGGGGAAGAGGGAAAGAGAGACUACUGAACCCUUCCUCUCUUCUCCAAGGGUGAUGUUUUGAUGCUUAUUUUAUCUGUACAUAUUCAAGCACCAUUGAGGUUAUACGUUAGAAAAGGCCUUUUAGCUCCAAGCGCGAGAUGACUAGAGACUUCAUCAAAACCAGUUUUCGUGAUGUUGUCUUCAUGGGUUAGCUUCACACCUCAUUCGUACAGGAGGGGACAAAAACACUAGCCUUUUUUUAAGAAAGAACAAACAAACAAAAAAAACACAUAUAUAUUUUUUCGCUUUUUUAUUUAAUGAAUGACACACAGCAGUCUCUCUAUACAAUGUCUGAAGUGUUAAAUUCAAGCCUGUUUUCCUCUCAGAAACAGGUUUGUUCCCUGUCGAGGAAAUGCACAGUUGUAAACAAAGAGGGUUUCCGGAGAAAUCCAGCAGCCAACACUAAUAUACAUAGACAAAUGACAAACUGUGAAAGAAAUAGUUAACUGUUCAGUGGGGUGGGGGACGGAAGUUGACCUAGGGCUGGUGCACUAACUACGUGUAUCCAUCCAGACUAAAAACCCUCCUUGCAAUCUAUGUUCACACACGACAGGACCAGAUAAAUAAUUUCCUGAAAUAAAUAAAAAUAUGACGUCUUGGUGGUACGCUUAGAAGGUACAGUAUACACAAUAGGAAGAUGAGCUGUCCUAAGAUUAGUCAUAGAAUAUAUAUAUUUACAGAUUUGUUUGUUCAUUUUUUUAUGAUACAAUGCCUUUCUGAAACUGUUUGUUAUAUUCCUUCUUUUCCAGUGCGUUUUAUUAUUUUUCUACUGUUUCUCCAUUCCAUAUAUGUCCAGUUUGAAUCCAAAUGCUGGGGGUGAUUGUUGAAAUGAGUGCUUCAAAUCCCAGACCAGAUGUAUGUAAUAUGACCUGUUUGAUGGGGGAUUGCCAGGGCUAUGUGCUUGGACCCUUUGAUCGCUCUGAGGUGGACAGUGAAAACCUUAAACUGGAUCUGUUUUAAAGAGAAUGGAUACUCGUUGAUUUGAACACUACUUUUACUCAUGUCUUCACAAUUGAGUCCCUGAUCAUGUUCUUAAUGAAACAACUAAAUCUAUAUAUUAGCACUCACCUGCUUAAAAGACAUUGACUCUGUUGUUAGAUCAAAAAUGUUAACAAGACAACCUUUUCCAGUCAAUGUUUUAGAGAAAGUUUAUAAUAAAAUGUUUAUAGGGGCAACGUGGUGAUUGGAGGAACGAGCACACUUGAGAAUUUGUAUAAUGUUACACAAAAAAGUCUUGUUUAGGUUUUGUUACAGUUUUCUUAGAUAUAAUUUACUGUCAACUCUAAUUAUCACUACAUUGAUUCCUCCUAAUUGUUAUUGGGUGAGUCCUCUGGAAACAAUUGGAACAGCUGGUAAUGAUGCAAGGUAUCUGGGAGGAUUAAAAUCUCCAAGAGAAACCUGCUGAUUCUUAUUAACAGUAUGUUAAAAACACACAAAGAUAACGUGAAAUAAAACUGUUUAUUUCCAUUGUU